AUGGGGUAUUCCAAAGUUAUAGGAGCAGCAUUAUUGAUAUUGCUCUUUGUUGAUCUUGCUUUUGCUGCAAGAUUUUACGGCAUGAGAGGAGGCGGUGGAGGUGGCGGAGGUGGAGGGGGAGGUGCUGGUGGAGGGUCAGCCUUGGGUGCAGGUUCAGGUUAUGGUUCAGGGUAUGGCUCUGGGGAAGGCUCUGGAUAUGGUGAGGCUGAUGGAGUGUUUGGAAGUGGCGGAGGUGGUGGAGGUGGCGGGGGAGGUGGUGGUGGUGGUGGUGGAGCAAACUCGGGAAGGGGUAGUGGCUCUGGAUAUGGUUCUGGAUAUGGCUCAGGGUAUGGAUCGGGUGGAGGAAUAGGAAGGGGUGGUGGUGGUGGAGGCGGAGGUGGCCAAGGCGGUGGUGGUGGUGGUGGCAGCAGCUCAGGAAAUGGUUCAGGAUAUGGUUCAGGUAGUGGUAGUGGUUCCGGUUAUGGAAGUGGUGGUGGAAGAGGAGGAGGAGGGUAUGGAUCAGGGUCUGGAGGCGAUGAACCUUGA